GAGAUCAGCUGUUGGAGAGGAGAAGUAUACCCCGACUCCCUCCGUGGGUCGUCAGCAGCAGCGACUAUUCUGAAGAUUAGAUCUGCGUUUCCAUCACGACUGGAGCAAAGAUUUAAUCAUUCCUCGGUGUACUAAAGCAAAGACGAGUUGUCGAGGACGGCUGUAGCCAGAUUUCAAGUUAAUCUUCUGAACGUAUCCAUGUUUGCGGAUCAGCACCGGCUUGGCGGUGCCCUCAAUUGAGUGCGCGCACGGGAGAGAGAGAGACGCUCGCAGUAUCACAGUUCCAAGUAUGCGCUGGCAACGAUGAAAGAGGGGAUACAUUGUUUUUGGGACUAUCCAAAUUGUGGAGUCAAACACUGCUAACACAAAUGGGAUUCUAGAAUGGGAAAACGGGUCUCGUUCUGAGUUUUAUCAGCAACUAUUCCAAGGAGAAAAUUGUGUUUUUAUUUUUCUGACCAUCAUGUAUAAGAGGAAAACGUGGGUCGGAUGUCGAUUUAUUUUCGAUACGGAUACGAGAACUGGCAAGUUAUCAGCAUGAAUUAAAGGCAGAAAAAGACAGACAUCAAUGUUAAUUUUUAUUCUAGCGCGAGUACCAUGGCGAAAAGGAAGGGACUGUUAUUUUCGCUGCUUUACUUGAUGGCUGAGUUUUGGCUGAGUUGGCAGCAAGUCCUUAGAAUCGGGGGUAUCUUUGAGACCCUUGAGAAUGAACCCAUUAGUGUGGAGGAGCUGGCUUUUAAAUUCGCUGCGACAAACAUCAACAGGAACCGGACCUUAAUGCCCAACACCACCCUGACCUACGACAUCCAGAGAAUAAACCUCUUCGACAGCUUCGAAGCCUCCAGAAGAGCCUGUGACCAGUUGGCUCUGGGUGUCGGGGCGGUGUUUGGGCCCUCUCACAGCUCCUCCGUCAGUGCUGUCCAGUCCAUCUGCAACGCUCUGGAGGUGCCCCACAUCCAGACCCGGUGGAAACACCCCUCUGUGGACAACAAGAACAGCUUCUACAUCAACCUGUACCCAGAGUACGCCUCCAUCAGCAGAGCCAUACUGGACAUCGUGCAGUACUACAAGUGGAAGACAGUCACCGUGGUUUACGAGGACGCAACUGGGUUAAUUCGUCUUCAGGAGCUGAUCAAAGCUCCGUCCAGGUACAGCAUCAAGAUUAAGAUUCGCCAGCUACCAACGGAGAGUAAAGAUGCCCGGCCUUUACUGAAGGAGAUGAAGAAGGGGAAAGAGUUCUACGUCAUCUUCGACUGUUCCUACCAGACCUCCGCAGACGUACUCAAACAGAUCAUGUCCAUGGGAAUGAUGACUGAAUACUACCACUUCUUCUUCACUACUCUGGACCUGUUUGCUCUGGACCUGGAGCCGUACCGGUACAGCGGUGUGAAUAUGACCGGGUUCCGCCUCCUCAACAUAGACAACCCCCAGGUCGCCUCCGUGGUCGACAAGUGGUCCAUGGAGCGCCAGCAGGCCCCGCCCAAACCAGAGACUGGCAUGCUGGAUGGCAUGAUGACGACCGAGGCAGCGUUGAUGUAUGAUGCUGUGUACAUGGUGGCAGCAGCCUCCCAGCUCUACUCUCAGAUCACUGUCAGCUCACUGCAGUGCCACAGACACAAACCCUGGCGCUUCGGAGCGCGAUUCAUGAACAUGUUCAAAGAGGCGACGUGGAACGGUUUGACAGGACAGAUCAUUAUAAACAAGACAGACGGUUUGAGGAAAGACUUUGACCUGGACGUUAUCAGUCUGAAGGAAGACGGCUUGGAGAAGACGAUCGGGGGCAAUAGCCGCCUCAAUAAAGUGUGGAAAAAGAUUGGAUUGUGGAACUCCAACAACGGCCUUAACCUUACCGAAAGUCUGAAGGAUACGGGGACUAACAUCACAGAUUCUAUGGCCAACAGGACUCUGGUCGUCACUACCAUCCUGGAAAACCCUUACGUCAUGUAUAAGAAGUCUGAUAAGCCUCUGUAUGGUAACGACCGGUUCGAGGGCUACUGCCUGGACCUACUGAAGGAGCUGUCCAACAUCCUGGGAUUUGCCUACGAGGUUAAACUGGUAUCUGACGGGAAGUAUGGAGCUCAAAACGAUAAGGGAGAAUGGAACGGCAUGGUGCGGGAACUCAUAGACCAUGUAGCAGACCUGGCCGUGGCCCCGCUGACCAUCACCUAUGUAAGGGAGAAGGUGAUAGACUUCUCUAAGCCCUUUAUGACCUUGGGCAUCAGUAUCCUUUACCACAAACCCAACGGCACCAACCCUGGAGUGUUCUCCUUCCUCAACCCCUUGUCUCCUGACAUCUGGAUGUAUGUGCUGCUGGCCUGCCUCGGAGUCAGCUGUGUCCUGUUCGUUAUCGCCAGGUUUACCCCCUACGAGUGGUACAACCCUCACCCCUGUAACCCUGACUCUGACGUGGUGGAGAACAACUUCACUCUCAUCAACUCCGUCUGGUUUGGGGUGGGAGCUCUGAUGCAGCAAGGAUCUGAGCUGAUGCCUAAAGCCCUGUCGACGAGGAUAGUAGGAGGCAUCUGGUGGUUCUUCACCCUGAUCAUCAUCUCGUCCUACACGGCCAACCUGGCCGCGUUCCUCACCGUGGAGCGGAUGGACUCCCCCAUCGACUCGGCUGACGACCUGGCCAAGCAGACCAAGAUAGAGUACGGAGCUGUGAGAGAUGGAUCCACCAUGACCUUCUUCAAGAAAUCCAAGAUCUCCACCUAUGAGAAGAUGUGGGCGUUCAUGAGCAGCAGGAAGAACACCGCUCUGGUGAAGAACAACAGGGAGGGGAUCCAGAGAGUUAUGACCACAGACUACGCUCUCCUCAUGGAGUCCACCAGCAUAGAGUACAUCAGCCAGAGGAACUGUAACCUCACGCAGAUCGGAGGCCUCAUAGACUCCAAGGGCUACGGUGUAGGCACUCCCAUAGGCUCCCCCUACAGAGACAAGGUGACCAUCGCCAUCCUGCAGCUCCAGGAAGAAGGGAAGCUCCACAUGAUGAAGGAGAAGUGGUGGCGAGGGAACGGUUGUCCUGAGGAGGACAGUAAGGAGGCCAGCGCCUUGGGAGUGGAGAACAUCGGUGGUAUUUUCAUAGUGCUAGCGGCCGGACUGGUUCUCUCUGUGUUUGUAGCUAUUGGAGAGUUCAUUUACAAAUCCAGGAAAAACUUGGACAUGGAGGAGGUGGGUGUGGGGCAGUGUGAGUGGCACAACAAGUACUAACAGAAGGAAAGGUGCUCCCAAGACUGUUAUGAUGGACCUCCUACAUACAGUAGGGUUGCUGUGGACCUUAUACACACAGUCAGUCAGUUGCUAUGGAUAUUAUACAAUACACACAGUCAGUCAGUUGCUAUGGAUAUUAUACAAUACACAGAGUUAUACAGUUGUUACUGACCUUAUAUAGACACAAGUCAGUCAGUUGCUGUGGACUUUCUACAUUACAGUACACACAUUCAGACUGUUAUGGACCGUAUACACAGUCAGUUGCUAUGGACCGUAUACACAGUCAGUUGCUAUGGACCGUAUACACAGUCAGUUGCUAUGGACCGUAUACACAGUCAGUUGCUAUGGACCGUAUACACAGUCAGUUGCUAUGGACCGUAUACACAGUCAGUUGCUAUGGACCGUAUACACAGUCAGUUCCUAUGGACCUUAAACACACAAAGUUAGUUGCUUUUAUGAAUGUUGUUUUCUUGUCAAAGGACAACUUGUUUCAUCAGGCCAACUUGUUUUUCAUCAGGACAACUUGUUUCAUCAGGCCAACUUGUUUUUCAUCAGGACAACUUGUUUCAUCAGGACAACAGUUUGGAUGUGGGGAACUGCAGUGCAACAAUCACACACAAAUUACUUUAUUGUAGAGUAGGCCUAGUGUUUGACGUACUUUUGAUUUAGAUAAAAAUGAACAUUUUUAUUCCUUUAUUGGCACAAUAUCUUAUUUAUAACGAGAGGCGGUUGGGUUUUAGGGAGGCACGCCACUUGACUGUCUUGUCCUUGACUGUUUUUCGCAAAUCAAAUGUUAUUUUUGUCAUGACAUGAUAAGUAAGGGAUGAAGGUUUCACCGGAGGUUAAUACGCACCAUUACUGAUCUAUAACUCGUUGAUUACAUUUACUGAUCUAUAACUUGUUGAUUACAUUUAACUAAUUAUUAGGUAUGAGGAUAUUAUGUUUUGUUAGCAAAUUUUGCAAAUUUACAUCCAGGUAUUUGUACAGCAUAACUGUAUGGCUUCUUCUGACCACCAUUGCUUGUAUUCAUAUAUAUGAAAACAUCUGAAUGAUUGUAUGUGCGUGUGAAUGAGUUUUUUUUCCAAUCAUUUAAUGGAUGAGAGACCCCUUGAGACUUUAUUCAUUAAGUUGCUUUCAUUGUGUAUGUUUUAUUAUUUGCUUUUGCAACAUUUGAUGUUCAUGAAAAUGCAUGUAAAAGUUUUGUCAUGUUGGCCUUGUUUGUGAAUGACUAAAGUUAUGUUGAGAACAUUACUUUCUUUCUUCGUUUGUGAAUGACUAAAGUUAUUUUGAGGACAUUA